CACCUCACCUAUGAUUAGCUUAAUUAGCUCCAACGACAACUAACGAAGGCAUAUCCAUAUGCAUCGCUCUUCUUCUAUCUAGACUACAGAUUGUUAGAUGCGUGCAUGGCGAUGGAGGCGGAGGAGGAACGUGACACGCUUCUGCGCCGGGUGCUGAUCAGGGCGGCGCGAGCGGCGAGAGCCGCGGUUCGCAUCGCUGCUACUACUACCGCAUCGUCUCCUUCUUCCCCGGCACUGGCGGCGGCGCUGUCACGGACGCCGAGCCUGCUCGACUGCAUGGACGGCGACGACGACAGCAUCUUCUACACGCCGGCCUCCUCACCGGUGGUCGUCCACUACCCGAGGCGCGUGCAGGUGCAGCAGCAGCAGCAGCCGUCGUUGAGCCCGUCGCCGGUGGCCGCGGCGGCGGCGGCGGCGGACGACAUCGAUAGGCGCGCGGCGGAGUUCAUCGAGAGGUUCCGGCGGAACGAGUCGCUGGAGCUGCGGUACUGCGCGGUGUACUCGCCGCUGACGCCCGCCAAGCCGCCCAUUUCGCCGGACACGUACUUCAAGCUCUCCGGGGCUCAUCACCAUGGCGCGGUGGCGGCCGGUGGCUCGCCGGCGCCGGCGCCGAGCUCGCUGAGGCCCAGAAGGCCCAGUGGCAUGUCCAUCAAGUGGCCCACGGCCGGAAGGCCCACUGUCCGAGUCUAGCGCACGUACGGCAUAUCUUUGGGACGCUCCUAUGAUAGUUUCGUGAUUAAAUUGGUAUUAAACUUGUAGUUUUGUGAUAAUUUUUGUUUUUAAAUCUGUAGUUUUAUAAUACUUCUUCCUAAAUCGGUAGUUUUACGAUAAAUUUGUUGCUAAAUCUGUAGUUUUAUGAUACAUUAGUUUAAAUAUGUAGUUUUGCGAUAGUUUGGUCGAUGUAUUUGUAGUUUUAUGAAAUUUACUCUAAAAAUUAGUUUGCACUUCAAAUAAAUUGUAUAUUAAUAAAAAAUUAGAAUGCCACC